UUGUUUCUUCGGCUGUUUUAAGGUUUAGACUUGUCGCGUCCACCAAAGAGAAGACAAAAAUGCCGGCAGGACAUGGAGUUCGUGCUCGAACGAGGGAUCUGUUCGCGAGGGGGUUCAGGAAGAAGGGUACAAUCCCAUUGUCCACUUACCUCAGAACCUUCAAGGUCGGCGAUUACGUCGAUGUUAAAGUGAACGGUGCGAUCCACAAGGGCAUGCCUCACAAGUUCUACCAUGGUCGUACUGGUCGCGUCUGGAACGUCACCAAACGCGCCGUUGGUGUCGAAGUCAACAAACAGAUCGGAAACAGGAUCAUAAAGAAGAGACUUCAUGUGCGUGUGGAGCACGUGCAGCAGUCUAGGUGUGCUGAGGAGUUCAAACUGAGAAAGAAGAAGAACGAUGAGCUCAAAGCUGCAGCCAAAGCCAGAGGAGAGACGGUAAGCACCAAGAGGCAGCCUAAAGGACCCAAACCAGGAUUCAUGGUUGAAGGUAUGACCUUGGAGACAGUCACCCCAAUCCCCUACGACGUCGUCAACGAUCUCAAAGGAGGCUAUUAGUUCUUACUCUUCUUCCUUGUUCUUGCUGUGUGUUUUGGAACUCUGCAAAUGUAUUUUUUGUAGCGACUUGAACUAAGAAUGUGAUUUUAUAUGAGAAUUUUGCAAUCCAGUUUUUCAUUUUAUGUGUAA